AUGCUGCUGCUUCUUUUGUCCCGUUGGCCCUUACCAAUGCUACAGUUCCUCAGGAUCCCUAUCGCAGGCUUCCCCACCGACCUCUACUACCUCCUUCCCAACAAUAUAGAGGAAUUCAAGCAGAAGUAUAAGGUCGAGGCUACUGUCUUAUUUAACCACAACGCCAUCCUCACCCAACGUAUCAGCCACGAGAGGGAUACCACUCAUACUCAGCUCGCCGCCACCCAUGAAACCAUCGACAACCUUGAAGAGCAGCUAAUCCAGCUCAACCUCGACCUCAAUAUCGCUCGCGCCGCCUCCACCUUCACCGUCUCUGUCCCCAUUGUCGCUGCUCCCCCACCUAGUACCGUCUCCACCUUCAGGUCCAAAAACAACGAGGCAGCAAAUGUUAUCUAUGCCGUUAGCCGCUUGGAAGGAAGGGACCUUGAUCAAGGCGUUCCACUCAUUAACACUGAUCCUGCUGUCCCCUUCUCCUCUAUCACUGCCUUCGUUGCCCACCUGGAAGCCUCGUUUGGAGACCCAGAUCUCCGGAGUACCACCCGUCACCAACUCGUCGCCCUGAAGGAAGGCAAAGGAGACUUCGCCACAUAUUACUCUGUUUGGGGAAAUGCCAAUGCUAAGCGAUAG